AUGGCUCCCCCCAGCCAAGCCAACUCUAAGAACCUUUCAUCAGGACCUCUGACUCGCCCGGCCAAUGCCGAGAUUGACGGUGUGGGGAUCGUCACUAUCCUGAAUAAGCCCACGGGCCCUGAACUGCUUCUGCAAAAGCAAUACCGCCCCCCUAUCGACAAGGUCGUUAUCGAGGUUCCCGCCGGACUUAUCGAUGCGGGUGAAACACCCGAACAAUGCGCGGUACGCGAAUUGAAAGAGGAGACGGGCUAUGUCGGUGUGGCGGAGCAGACAAGCCCGGUAAUGUAUAACGAUCCCGGUUUUUGCAAUACGAAUCUCAAUAUGGUUCAUGUGCGGGUCGAUAUGAGCCUCCCUGAGAAUCAGAACCCGAAGCCCGAACUUGAAGAAAACGAGUUCAUCGAAUGUUUCUCUAUUCCAAUUUCUUCCCUAUUUGAGGCAAUGAAGCAGCUUGAGCAGGAGGGAUAUGCGAUCGAUGCCCGAGUUGGCACUUUGGUUGAGGGAGUGGAAUUGGCGAAGAAAUGGAAGUUUUAA